AGCCUCUACCGGAUAGCCCUCUGACUCCAGCUUCUAAUCAUGAGGUGCUAGAGCUACACGUCGCUAAGGAGGCGGUCACAGAAGUUGAGGAGAACUUGCCUUCAGCUUCCGCCCAUCCGACGCUUUCUGGUAGCCCCGUUCUUACCCCAGGACUGUCUGAGACUCUCCAACCGGUCAAUGGCAACGAUACUGUUGCAGAGGCUCUCUGGCAAGGAUACAAGGAGAUCAAGGAAGUGUCCGUAUCCCGACCUGCACAGAAUAUGUAGACUGGCCGCUCACCGUUGCAGUUGGAAUGAGAAAGCGUAUGAAUACCAAAUCGUGGAACCAGCGAAACAAUUUGGUGAACUAGGCGAAUUGGACGGAUACAUUUUCGUCGUUCGCCAGAGAGUCGAUAAGAGGACUCAGGAAAUAUUUUCUUAUGUUGACAUCAAGUCGACCCCGUUACGAGAUGCCUUACGAGUCGUGUUUGAGCACGUUCGGCAUAUCGACCUGAGGAGCAACAAGCCUUCUAUACCACAAAACAUACUUUUCAACGUCCUGCCCGAGCUCAGAUCAUACCAACAACAUUCUACUCUGGACAAUCGAACGAGCAGCCACUUGGAUGAGCUUAUUAAGUUCACCGAGAGGACGUACACUGACACAAGCUGUCACGUCCAGUCGCUCCUGGCGCAUGGCGAGAUCACGUACGAUCUACUCUGGUCGCUCUUUAAACCAAACAGCCUCUUGUUCACGACUUGUUCCGGGACACGCAAGCCGCGGUGUGUCAGACACGUUUGCGGCGAAGAGAAGAAAAAUAUGUACGGAGCGAAAUACUGGAGUCUGGACUGUCGAUAUAAUGACUUUGAUGGCAAGGAAUUCGGGGAAGUCUCCAUCGAAGUCAUGGUUCCAAAAUUUCAUGGAUUGAAGCCAAUACACGAGUUGGAAGCCUUCCCGAUUCAAUAUCAUCCUCACUUUGACGAGGUUAAAUCUGAACUUAUCGACUGCGGGAAACGGUUCGUUUCCCUAAGAGGCGCCCACCAUCGUCACUGCAAAGGAGCAGCAUUUUUCUUGAGCAAGGGGGAGCCGGUUGAGCUGCACGUUGACAGCCGAGUAAUGAUCGAUACAGAAUCCUUCAAGGAGGCAAAUCCCACCUAUCGCGGCCCAAAGAUCAAUGGUGCAGCGACACAGCGAGCCGUCAGCAUCUCUUUCUUCACGUGGGGGUCCAGAUUUGGCGAUGAAAAUGACAGGAAUAAUGAGACCAACGAGAGCACGGAGUGUGGCAGGAGGGGUUGGACCGAUGAGACCGACGAGAGCUACGAAGAGGAACCGACCGAUCCGAGUCCUACACCAGAAAGGCAUGGUGAGGACCAAAAAGAUAUGACAGAAGAAGCCGUGAUGCUAUGCUGUCCGACCGCAAAGUAAACCUCGAAAGGAGGCUUCUGAUUGGAUAAGAACAGAGGGUCAUGUAGGUUAUAUAGGGCGAAAUGGAGGAAUCAGAAAUCGGAACCCCCAACAUCGACACGGAUAUUACAUGUGGGCGUAGCGGAGGAACAUCAACCGGUUUCGCCGGGCGGACAAGUCGGUAGGCUCGCUGAAGCCGAGGCACCACCCACGUAAUAAACCAUGUGGCUCGCAAGCCAACGAUCUCCCGCGCUAGGGUGUUAUCUCAUAUAGGUAGUUGCAUAGGCAGUAGGUAUGUUUCAUUGUCGCGUGCUUUUUGCGUUACCC